GCCGCCGACACUCUGAGAGACACGCCCUACUUCGGCUUCUUCUGGAGCUCGGGCAUGACGCACCAGACCGUCGAGUGGGCGUCGGGGGCGGACUUGCCUUCGCUCCAGUACCUGACGGCGCUGCAGGAGAGCGGCGUGCUGGACCACACCAUCGUCUUCUUCAUCAGCGACCACGGCAUCAGGUUCGGGGACAUACGCUCGACCUACGCAGGGUUCCUGGAGGAGAGCCUGCCCUACUUCUUCGCCUUCUUCCCCCCCUGGUUCAGGCAGAGGUUUCCCGAGGCCUGGAGGAACCUCGUCACCAACACGAACCGACUCGUGUCCAACUUCGACUUCCACGCGACGCUGCGAGACAUCCUGGCGGGGGCCUUCGGGAACCUCUCCUACGGUCUGCCCCCCCUCCGACAUGGCCAGAGCUUGUUCAAAGAGAUCCCGCUGAACAGAACGUGCGCAGACGCCACCAUUCCUGAACAUUACUGCACAUGUGAACGCCAGAGUGAAGUUCCCGCUGACGACAAGACACUGCUGGACGCUGCCACUUACGCUGUGUCUCAGUUGAACAGCCAGCUCGAACAAUUUAAGGAAUGUGCGGAAUUGUAUGUUCAGAAGGUCAUCCGAGGCCAAGUUGGGUCACUCAGACAGGGGGCGGAGACAAAGGCCAUAAAAUCGUCCUCUGUCAUCACGGUUGCGUUCGUGACUCUGCCAGGUGAAGGACAACUGGAAGCGACAGUCACACACCACAAUAAAACAUUCGAACUGACAGCAGAAAUUUCCAGAAUCAACAUGUACGGCAACCAGAGUCAUUGCAUAUUGGAUCCCUUUUAUCAAAAAUAUUGUUAUUGCAACGACCUGCUCCACGCUACCCCGGCGGCGCGCGGAUGAGGAACAUCGACUAGCAGGCUUUGCUACAGUUAGCGAGAUUGGCCGGAUGACAAACUAUUUAUUGAAUCCUGUGAUUUUCUUUAGCAAAUGCUGGUAAAUAGUGAUUACAAUAGCUAUUUUUUAUUGUUGAGCAAAUACUAUGAACAGUGUAUUCAUUUAUUUUUUUACUAGGAAUUUCUUAUGAAUAGCAAGUACUGUGCAUUAGUAAUCCCAGGAAAAAGGCAAAGGUUACUUACUGUUGCUCAGUAAAACUUGAUAUAUAAAUCUAGGUAAAGAAAUAUAUAGAAUAAUAGAAGAUAUAGAACUAGGAACAUAUAGUAUAAUCAGGGUACCAUUACUAACAUGCUUCUCUAGGGAGUGCUUCUGUCUGCCAUGCAGGUGGCUUUUCUCCUGCACCCUUCUUGUCGCGUCUGCAUAUUUGUCCUUACUACUUUAACAUGUUGCAAACUGGGUAUACUUGAAGAAUAAAUGAAUAAAUUAAUUAUAGAAUUAAAUGAAAAUGAAACUGACUUGGUCUGAAUUUUAUUAAAAAAAAAAAAAAAAAAAAAAAAAAAAGGCAAGGAGGAUCCGUGGUGGAAAAUUAACCAAAAUUUCCAAGAAUCUUCGGAAAGUAAUAGCAUUUUGGGUAUGAGUGAAUUGUUUUCCAGUUUUAUCGACAACCUGACUAAAUUGUUCAACGUUAGAUAAUAAAAUUCCAAAUCUUACAGGGAGCCGUGCAGGUUUCCAAACAUCAAGAUUUUUUAAAAUCCUUAAUAAUACUUUUUAAAUACAUUAUAAACUAUAGUCCACUUUAUGUUGCAUGUUUAAACUGUUAAAAGACCAUGGCUUAACCAGCAGUGCAGCAGGUGUCUUCAGUCUCAACCUGACUACGUUCUUUUUUCUUCUUACAAUUUCUGUUGAGAACAGAUUGCCUUUAUCAUAAAAAAUGUACAAGGACGAAGGGGUAGAAACAAAUUGUAAAUAACACACCUACAGGCAGUGGCAUGAAGACAAACAACACCGCAACGUAAAGGAACGGCUAAUCCAAGGUCUGCGCCUAAUCACAGAGAUGCCCUGAUAGCUAUAAAACAUAAUGUGCCAUAUCUUCAGUUAUAUGCAAUUACCUGAAAUAAAUUGUUGAAUUUUCAAUUACUUCAGGUGUAAGCUCCGCCCUUACACGCGUGCCAUCGUCUCUAUUAAAAUCGUCAACACGCAUGCGCGACCCAUCGCCGGAUAGGUAAAAUGCAAAAUACUUCCUGUAGUUUAUUUUGUGUUGUUCCAUUGUGAUCUUGAGGAUUAUUCAAAUUAUAUUCUUUAAUGAAACAUAUGUGAAAAUGGUAUAAAAUCAUACAGAAAGAUAUAAGAAAGAUAUAUUAUUACUCAGGCCGUUGAAGAAUGGAGUCGCAGCCAGGGAAAUACAUUCGAACUUGUAUACUUUUUGAUAGGUGUUCGUACGCCUGACAGCGCUGAAGCUCCGUUCAUAAAACUUGAAAUAAUUGACUAUUCACUUUUAUUUAUCUCUAUGUUUAUCAUUAUGCCAUAAAGAAACCAUAUAGCGAAAAGGCCUGAGGCUUCUUCAUGCAUUCCUUGUCUUUCCCUUCGUCUUGUUUUCACUUGGGCGGAACCACUUCUGAAAGCUUCGGAGUCAGGCAGGCGUUUUAUGCGCCAUCUAGUCUUCGGAAAGGAAUCGUUGAGUCUACUUUUGAGAUGGAAGGAUCAAACGGUAAAGUUAUAGAUAAUGUAUAUACUGUAUUUUUCUAGACAUAAAAAUAUUUAUUAAAUCUAGACAUGUGUUGUUUUUUCCUUUUUUCUAGAUAUAUACAAACUUUUUUUCUGUUUUAAUUUUAGACAUAUAAACAUGACAUGAGUAUCACGUGUUAGCUGAUUUAGCAUGAAAAAAAAAAAAAAACAAUUGGGUACUCUAGAGGUAUGUAAACGAGGUAGAUAAAAUGUAAAUAAUAAUAAUCAUACCUCCCUGCAGUAAGGGCAGUGCAGUGACACAACACACAUAUCCGACUCUUUCGACACAUUCCGUAUGUUUUACGAAUAGACGAUGCAAUAAAAGUAGUUGUACUACGACAACUGACUACUUGUAGAUAAUUUUGUUAUUUGUCAACAUUCCAGAUAUUGAUCAUCGCCAUUCCCGCGAAUCGUGAUUUUUUUUUUUUUUUUUUUUUUUUUUUUUUUUUUUUAAGAAGACUGAUCUCUUUCGAAGUUGAAACAGACUUUGGUAAAAUUAUCUUAAAGUAAUUUUAAGAAAGUUAAGGAAAAUUAUACACACAUGCAUAAAUAUAUGUAUUUAUAUAUAUACAUAUGUAUAUAUAUAUGUAUAUAUAUAUAUAUAUAUAUAUAUAUAUAUAUAUAUAUAUAUAUAUAUAUAUAUAUACAUAUACACGUGCACGUAACAUUUUUUCUUAAUCUUUGAUUCUUUUACUAUGGCAAUCAGGCGUGCACAAAGAAAUUGCCAUGGCAUUCACAUUUGUUCGCCCAUCAUUGGAUCUAGUAGCCCAACAUGUAAACGAGAAGAACAAAAGAGAACAUUUAAUUGAAGAGUUUUUAAUUGUUUUAUUAUUCAUUUUUCAAACUCCAGAAAAUAUAAAUAAAACAGAGACAUGGAGCGCUAAAGAAGCAAUUUUGGCGGUGGUGCGAGUGCGGCAACGCUACUUUCUGUGGUAGCUCAGCGGGCUACCACACCUCUUUAACAUCCGUAGGCCGCACGUUUUUCUGGUAGCCCCGGGUCUGCGGGCUACCGAUUUAUGCACCCUUGGCGAUACUUGGACGUGUAAUUAAUAUGUCUUUUCAAAAGUGAUCCCACAUAUACCACCGAGCUAUGCCUCUUUCGAUUUAUUUCUUACUAUUCUUUGACUGUAUAGAAGUUUGUGCUAUGAUUAUUGUGGUUUUGGAAGUGCAAUGUACAUAUUUCUGUGAAAAAAUAAAUUUUAUGUUUUA